AUGAUAGACGAAAUCAAGAAAAAGGUUAAAUACAACCAAUAAUGUCCAUACAUAGCCACUAUUUGUAGACACAUGCUUGAUUUUGAUUUUGAAAAAUUAUGCUCUGUAACUCUUUCAAAUCUUAAUGUAUAUGCUUGUCUUAUUUGUGGGAAAUAUUAUUAAGGCAAAUCAAUUAAUACAUAAGCAUAUAUUCAUUCACUUGAAUAAGAUCAUCAUUUAUUUAUGAAUCUUCAAAAUACUAAAAUAUAUUGUUUACCAGAUAAUUAUGAAGUUGUUGAUCAUUCACUUGAAGAUAUUCAAUAUAAUUUAGAUCCUAAAUUUAAUAAUCUUAAAGAAUUAGAUGAUAAUAUAGAAGAAUCUAGAGCUUUAGAUGGAACUACAUUUCUUCCAGGGUUUGUAGGAUUAAAUAAUCUAAGCAAAUCAGAUUAUUUCAAUGUUGUUAUGCAAGCCUUAUGUCGUAUCAAACCAUUAAGAAAUUUUAUGAUUUUUCUAUAAUUCUAAAAGAGUGCCACAGAACCUUUUGAUUAUAAUUGUCUUUUAUCAUAAAGAUUUUCAGAAUUAACAAGAAAAAUUUGGAAUCCUCGUAAUUACAAAGGACAUGUAAGUCCUCAUGAAUUGUUAUAAGCUGUCACUCUUAAAAGCAAUAAAUAAUUCAAAAUUGGAUAGUAAUCAGAUCCAAUGCAUUUAAUUAUUUGGUUUUUAGACAAUCUAAAAAAAGAAUUAUUACAUAUCAAUAAAAUUAAUACUAUAAUUUCUGAUUGUUUCCAAGGAGAAUUAUAAUAUGAAUGGUAUAAACCUCUUAAAAAUGCUAUUGGAUAUUAACCAAUUCCAAUAAUUGAAUAAAAAUCAUUCUUGUAAAUAUAUUUAUUAUUAUAUUUGUUAGUUAUCUAUCUUUAGAUCUACCUUCAACUCCACUUUAAAAAGAUGGUAGUUAAAAAGCUUUGAUUCCAAGUAUAUCGAUUCAAGAGUUAAUUAAAAAAUAUGAUGGUUUCACUAAUACUGACAGUGCUGAUGGUAGAAGAAGAUAUACAAUAACAAAGUUUCCAAAGUAAUUCUCUUCUUUUUAUUUUUAGAUAUAUGAUUAUACAUAUGAAAAGAUUCAUAAAAAAUAAUUUCUUUAUGGAAAAGAAUCCAACUAUUGUUACAUUCCCAUUAAAUGAUUUAGAUUUGAGUUAAUGUAUAAAUAUUAUAUAUUUAUUAUUUUAGGUUUAAAUUUAGAAUAAUAAAAUGUAAAAUAUAAUUUAAUAGCUAAUAUUUGUCAUGAAGGAACAGCAAAAGUUGGAAUUUAUAAAAUUCAUGUAAAAAAUGAAGCAAAUAAUUAAUGGUUUUAAAUUCAAGAUUUACAUAAAUAAAAUAUUGUACCUUAACUUAUUAGUGUAAGUGA